AUGAAUCAACAACCAGUGUAUGAAAAAACAUAUCAGAAACUAAGAAUUAGAGAAAAUGAAGGGGCUCAACAGAGGAAUUUUCAGCACGAUGAAAUAAACAAAGAGAGUGAACAAACAAAAAAAACAAAAUGGUAUAAAUCUAAUGAAAUUCAACAAAGACAAAUGUCAACAAUAAGAGAUGACACUACUAAAGAAGGACAUAAUGAGAAAAGAGAAGAUAUAAGUAGGAGAGAAAUAAAUCAAGAACAUUAUAAUUUUGAAAAAUACAAAGACAUUUUAUUAAGAAUUAGAACAUUAGUUAAAACAAUAUAUCCAAUAGCAAAUCUAGAAUCUGUUAAUAGACUGAGUAAUUUAAUUAUUUAUAACUUGAUUGUGUAUGGAAUAAAUGUUGAAGAAUGGAGAGAAAUAGAAGAAAUCAAGGAAUUCAAUAUUGAAGCUCUUCAAAGAAAUGUGAUUGACCAAAUUGUUUUAACACAUAGAAAACAUGAAGUAAUACUUAAAGCAUUAUUUGUUGAUAAAGUCAAAAGAAUAAUAACAAGAAUCAACGAAGGAAAUGUUUUAAUUGAGGAAAUAUAUAAAUAUCCAUUAAUCGGAACAGAGUGGGGAUAUGCAUUUGAUAUCGCAUUAUGUAAUGAAAUUGUUAAAAAAGGAAAUGAAAUGUAUCAUGAAUAUCUUAAUAAUCCAAUUAUUUCAUAUUAUUUAAUGUAUCAAUUUGGAGUUGUUGAUGAACAAAAACAAAUAGAAAUCAUUAAAACAAGAAUACAUUUUCUGAUAAUGUUAUUUAAUAUGUAA